AUGGCUGUCCCCAACAUCAAGCUUAACAGCGGCUUUGAGAUGCCCCAGGUGGGCUUCGGUCUGUGGAAGGUCGACAACGCUAUCGCCGCCGACACCGUCUACGAGGCCAUCAAGGCCGGUUACCGUCUCUUCGACGGCGCCUGUGACUAUGGCAACGAAGUCGAGUGCGGCCAGGGUGUUGCCCGCGCCAUCAAGGAGGGCAUCGUCAAGCGCGAGGAGCUCUUCCUCGUCUCCAAGCUCUGGAACACCUUCCACGAUGGCGACCGCGUAGAGCCCAUCGUCCGCAAGCAGCUUGCCGACUGGGGCAUCGACUACUUCGACCUCUACCUCAUCCACUUCCCCGUCGCCCUCGAGUACGUCGACCCCUCCGUCAGAUACCCUCCCGGCUGGCACUACGACGGCAAGUCCGAGAUCCGCCCCUCCAAGGCCUCCAUCCAGGAGACCUGGACUGCCAUGGAGAGCCUCGUUGCCAGCGGCCUCUCCAAGAGCAUCGGUGUCUCCAACUUCCAGGGACAGCUCCUCUACGACCUCCUCCGCUACGCCAAGAUCCCCCCUGCCACCCUCCAGAUCGAGCACCACCCCUACCUCGUCCAGCCCGACCUCAUCAAGCUGGCUGCCAACGAGGGUAUCGCCGUUACCGCCUACUCUUCCUUCGGCCCUGCCUCCUUCAAGGAGUUCAACAUGGAGCACGCCACCGACUUCGUUCCUCUGUUCGAGGAGCCCACCGUCUCUGAGAUUGCCAAGAAGCACGGCAAGACCAACUCUCAGGUCCUCCUCCGCUGGGCCACCCAGCGCGGCCUUGCUGUCAUUCCCAAGACCAGCCGCAAGGAGAUCCUCGCCCAGAACCUCGACUGCACCAGCUUCGACCUCGAGCAGUCCGAGAUUGACAAGAUCAGCAGCCUGGACCGCAAGACUCGCUUCAACCAGCCCGCAAACUACUUCCCCACUGAGAAGCUCUGGAUCUUCGGUUAA